AUGUCUCUCGAAGCUACGGAAGCUCGCGAGGUCCCCCGUACUGCCCUUACGAGCCCUUCCGCCCUCCGCUUCUCCGACCAGUUGUUGGUGCUCAUAUUCAAACAACUCGGCUACAAGACGCUUCUGCACCCUCGCGGGAUCUGUAGGAGGUUCAAGGCACUGCUUGAGCGCCCGAGCUUCGACGCUGCCUUUUUCCGUCAGCCGCCGCUCGACCCGCCACAGCGCAGACAGAAGUACUUCAUUCAUCCCAUGCUCGACGCUGCCGACUGCGGAAGGGUGACGCGGGAGAUGGCGAACAUUACGCACUGGAGCAAGCAAAUCAGCGACUUCGAGUGGGUCGAGUUCAACGCCUUCGACUAUGCCGCCGUCGAGGAGUUCGCCACCGCUCCAGCAUGCACCUCGAUCGAGAUCCAGCUUGAAGAUGCAAGGGUUGGCAGAGUCUACGACGAGAAAGGGGUAACCGUCAAGCAAGUCCUUCACGCUUGCGCCGACUUCUGGGCAAAACCAGUUCACCCGUGGACUGCCAAGAAGGCGCGGGAGGCAUACCAUUGGCUCAAGAACGAGAAGACGAUCACCACACUCAACAUGUUGGGCGACAGGUUCUUCGAGGGAUGGGAGGAGCCGAAGAAUGUUGGAAACGGCAGAGUCCACCUUAUCUCGCGCGGCUUCGGCUCGUGA